GAAGCUCCUUGCCCGGCCGUCAGGCAGAGCCGCGGUGUCUCCAGCCCUUUUGCGGGCAGACUCUGGUCCCUGUCGGGUGCCAGGGCUGGGUUUGGGAAGGAUGCUCGCCCUCGGUUCAUGAGUGGGAAGGGGCUGGUCAUCUACCCGGAGAUUGGGGAUAAACUGGACAUUAUCUGCCCCAAGGCGGAGCCGUCCAAGCCUUACGAGUACUACAAGCUGUACCUGGUGAAGAAGGACCAGGCAGAUGCCUGCAGCACCAUCAUGGACCCCAACGUGCUGGUGACCUGCAACCGGCCCGAGCAGGAGAUCCGCUUCACCAUCAAGUUUCAGGAAUUCAGCCCCAACUACAUGGGCCUGGAGUUCAAGCGGCAGCAGGAUUACUUCAUCACAU